AGUUAAUGAGCAAGAACAGUCUGAAGUUAAUAAUAGUAGUAGAAUUUAUUUCACAACAACUUACAAGAUUCCUUAUGAAUCUAUUUAUAGAUCUUUGGAUCAGAAAAAAGAAUAUGUUACGGCUAAUAAUCUUUUCAAAAAAGCUAUUCAAUUAGGAUUAGAUGCUGGUUCCACAGCUAUUCAAGAAUUAAAUACUUUUAUGAAAGAAUUUAUAAAAAAGCACAGUCCAAAUCAUACAAAUCAUCAAGAAUUGAAUCAGAAAUAUAACAAAAAAAAGUCACCUGCUGAAUUGAAUAGUUCUGAUUUGAAUAUGCAAAACAGUUCUGAUUCAACUGACGAAUCAUAUACAGAUAAUGAUAUUGAGAAUAUAGAUCCAUCCUUGAUUCAAAAUCCAGUUAUUCGUUCUAAAAAAGGUGCAUAUCGUAAAACUAGAUUUAAAGGAUCUCAGGAAAUUAAAAAGAAAGUUUCAGCUAAAGUUUCAACUAGAAAACCGAUGGAAUGUCAGCAGUGUUAUAAAGCUAGGCAUAAUAAGGCAGGUUGUGAAAAAUGGCACAAAAAAAAUCAAAUCUAA